UUUAGAUCGGCAGUUAGUUUAGCUUAGCUUAGUCAGUUACUUAGUUACUUAGUUACUUGGUCGGUCGGUGUUUAGUGGCUUAGACACUGCCUAAAUAUGUCGCAGAUGCUGCAGCUGGAUGCCUUGGUCAUGGCCAUGGCCUGUCUUUCCACCACACAAACGGAUCUGGGCGGUGGUCUAAUGGUGCCUCCGUCCCUGGAAAAUGCCAGCUCCAUUAGUUGUCCUGUUCCCACUAUAAGUGGCCUCUCCACUCGCAUUCAAACACUGAAUAAGGAAAUUGCCAGUGUUAAGGAACAGAUUGGAAGUUUGCAGGAACAAUUGGCGGAUCUAAGGAGGACCGGGGGUCCUCCAGUGGUGGCCUUGACCUCACCCACUCUGGGAUCCCGUUUACCUUUUGCCAGCUUGGAUGUGCAACCGCAGCUCCUGGCCCCGGGCCUCACCUCGGGGGUCUCCGGAACACCGGAGAAUUGUUUGAAGCAGCAACAUGGACUGGUCCGCAUUCGACCCCGUCAGAAUUCGGAACCCUUCUUUGUAUUCUGCGAUCAGAAAGUUAGGGAUGGUGGCUGGACCCUGGUGGUGAAUCGUAACAAUGGAAACGAGGCCUUUAAUCGCACUUGGGCAGACUAUAAGAUAGGUUUUGGUCCCCUAAAUUUAGAGUUCUUCAUUGGAUUGGACAGACUCCAUGAGAUCACCAGCAGCGACAACUAUGAGUUGCUUGUCCAGCUCCAAAAUCGAAAACAGGAGCUUCGCUACGCUAUCUAUGAUCACUUUAGCAUUGGCAGUGAAUCGGAGCAAUAUCGUCUAAAUGUCCUGGGAAAAUAUAUGGGUGAUGCUGCCGAUGGUCUGAGAAUGCACACUGGAAAGAAAUUCAGCACCCACGAUCGGGAUAAUGAUGAAAGUGAGGAGAAUUGUGCUGCAGUGCAAUCGGGAGCCUUUUGGUAUGGCAGCAGCUGUAACCUCAGCAAUCCCUUUGGCGUAUAUCAACGCAAUUUUGAAAGGGAUUUGGAUGGCUACAAGGGCAUCCUGUGGCGUGGCUUCCUUGAUGGACCCAAAGGUUCUUUGAAAUUAGUUCGUAUGAUGGUACGACCACGUAGUGCUUCAUAAAUAAAUAUUGUUUGUAUAUAUUUUUUUGCAUUGGAACAAAGACACCCAUUUGGUUAAAAAUACAA